AUGGGCUUUCCCAGAAUGACAAACUACAACAGGGGAAAGAAAGGGAAAGAUGAUAAAGACAAGAAAGGAGAAGGCAAAGAUGACAAAGAUAAGAAAGGAAAGGGAAAAGAUGAGACAACGAAGUCGAGUUCUCCGCCAAGUAGAAGAAAUACGCCGAAGAAUUCACCCUCACCACGCACCGACAAUGACAUGGAGUUGUACGAGGAUCCACCACCAAUAGGAGCAACUCGGAACCAACAAAGUCGUGGACAGGGGAGUCAAGGGCAAGGAUAUCAAUUAAACCAAUUGCCUGCCGCACAAGGAAGCCAGAGUCAGGGUCAUCGAAGCCAACAGCAAACGCAGCAACAGGGGCAGUAUGGACAACAACAGGGUUAUGGAAGUCAACAGCAAGGUAGCCCAACCCAGUGGGUGCAACCAAGUCAGCAACGAGGCCAAGCCUCAAGAUCCCAGCAGAUCUUCAUCACCAGCUACAAGACCACUUCUGCCAGCAAUCCUUCAUUCACUAUCGCAUCGCAACCAGUGAAGCCUGUGGAAGAGAAUGUACCACAACGCAAGAGGAAGAGAAAUAUGGAAACUUACUCUAAGGACAUGGCUACUGAUUGGAACUGCUGUAAGAACUCGAGCAAUCCCUAUUCAACGAGAAGGUGCUCCAAUAUCACUGGAAAGAAGGUGAAGAACAAGAUGGGUCAGCUUGUGAACGAGGACGAUGGUUUGUGGGACUUGAGGGAGAAAAAGAUGCAUUACUAG